AUGUUCAAGGAAAUCCUAAAGAUCGCGCGCUUCUACUGCGCGUAUUGCAUGAGAAACCAGCCGGGGACCAGCCGCCGCAGGUUCGAGGGCAAUGGGGGUUGCAGCCACGAGUUUUGCAAGGCAUGUCUGGAAGACUACCUCUUUCAACGCAUCAUGGUCGGGCAUCACUCUCUUCACCCCUGCCCAAAGGUAGACUCCGCAGACCAGGGCACUACGUCCUUCGCGUCCGACGUUAUCUGCGGAGACCCUGGCCGCUCAGUCAAACACCAACGCCCCGAUACCCUCCAACAGGGCUUAUCGGGAGCCUGCGAGGAAUGCGGCCACCGUGGACGGCGCCCGUCGAGCCCGUCGAGCCCGCACGUGCCGUCCCCUCCGUCCCCCCUCCUCUCCUCUCUCUCCCAACGAGCUUCUGCCGCAGCAGCAGAUAGUCACGAAGAAGAUACCGAUGCUGGAGCCAAAGAAGACAAUACCUGUCAGUCAUGCGGAUCAACGCGAAGGCGCCAUCACCACCACCACCACCACCACCACCACAGCCAUCGCCGAAAACGCCACUCCGUCCCCCGCGACGCCGCUGCUGCCAUGGCCGCCGGAAGGGCGCCGGGUGGGGGCGACGGCCGGACAGGGAGGAAAGGGUUCGCUUGGAGCCCGAUGUGGUCGCCACACCGCCGCGGUACCCCCUCCCUCGACGGUACCGCUACCGGUGGCGAUGAUGAAAGCGAGCAACGGCGAAGCAAGCAGCGCGACAAACGCCAGCAGCAGAAACAGCAGCAGAAGCGAAGGGGGCUAUCGCCAAAGGCGGCGGCGGCAGCGUCAGCCGCGCAUCCGUCUGAGAUUGACGAGAAAAGAGCAACGGAGGCGGGGGCGGGGGGCGAAGAAGAAACGGAGGGUGCUGCUUCCGCUGCGGGCACACCUGCGGCUGGUCUUCGUCACCGAACGUGCCCGGCGUGCGGCGCACGCAGGUGUCAGAGAACGCGCGGCAGCGGGGUCAAGGUGCCGGUCGACCCCAACGAUGAGGCAAUGGCAACGGCAACAAUGCCGACAUCAACGGCCGCGGCAGCGUCGGAGACGGCGACAGCUCGUCGGCGCCGGGGCUCGAAUAUGACCGACAACCUCGUCCCUUGUCUUGGUUGCGGUGAAGCUUGGUGCCUGCUGUGCGGGGACCCCGUCUCCACCGCUGAGAUCGCCGCUGACGUGGUUUCCAGCGGCGGCGUCGACGGGGACGGCGGCGUCGGCGGCAUCGGUUGCGGCUACCGCAGGACUAGAACCGAUCCGAAGGAGGGCCGAGGGCGCGACGGACAAGGGGAGAGCGAGCGAGGCACUGGGUACGCAGUGUCGACCGGCGGGGUCGUUCCUCGCGGACAUGUGCGACACUUUAGUCGCUGGAACGUCGCCGGGUGUCCGGGCGCGCGCUACACGGACCCGAAGGUGGGUGAGGUUGUGUCGUGUGUCACUGCGCGUGGAUGGGAAGGGGAGUUUAUCACCCUCUACCGAGCGCUGGUGGUCGUCCUAGUGUUCUUGGUGGGACCGCUUUUCUUCCUACUACGCGGCGUGUGCUUACUUGUCGAAACCCUGCUCGCCAGCCUGUGCUGCAGCGCCUUUGGCGGCGCGUCCAGGUUUAAGGCCGACGAAGAUGGUGAUAGUGGUGGUGGUGGCGGGCAAUUCGAUAGCGAUGUGCCGGCGCUUCGGCAACCGGAAAAAAUUCCAACUUCAAUGAAGAAGAGACAGGCUACGGAGGGAGCCAAAGCUUGCCGAAUUCUUGCGUUCGCGCCGGCCGUGAUGCUUUCCAGCUACCUGGCCUCCUGGUUGCGGGAGGGUGGGGACGGCGGAAGAGGGCGAGGAGUAGGGAGCCAGGACGACGGUGGCACUGACAACGUCAACAACAGUUGUCCGGAUGAUAAGCGGUCCAUAAUGCAAUGGAAGAAUGAAGACCUGCCGGAUGGCAUAUCCGAGCAAGCGCGUGAGCUUCUGGUAGUAGCGGCGGAGGAGGGUGCGGGGAAAGGCGAACUAGAGACCCCACCGUUGUCGGUUUCACCCGCUUGA